GACGUGGCAAGAGGAAGUGGCGUGUUUCUGUUUUGGUCCGGUCGGAGGAGGAGGAGACGGAAGUCGGCGGCCGCCCUUCCCCCCCCCACCGUGAGGCGCGGAAGAAGCAGACCCUCCUCUUCUGUGUCCGGGCCAUUUGGUGCUGACAGUCGCCGGACUUCUUUCUAUCAACUGUUCGUUCGCUUUCCGGCGGUGGACUAAAGUGGAAGAAAGGCCGUUGCGUCGCCUCAGAACCAGGUUGUUUUGAGUUGGAGAAGCAGUGAGGUGCACAUCCUGGAAGCUUCCUUUUAAGAAUCAGAAACAAGAGACUUCUUUCUAGUUUGGACAUGGCCAACCGGGGAGCAACUAGACCCAAUGGUCCCAAUGCUGGGAAUAAAAUAUGUCAGUUCAAGUUAGUUCUUCUGGGCGAAUCUGCUGUUGGCAAAUCAAGCCUGGUGCUUCGAUUCGUAAAAGGCCAGUUUCAUGAGUUUCAGGAAAGUACAAUUGGAGCUGCUUUUCUAACACAGACUGUGUGUCUUGAUGACACAACAGUAAAAUUUGAAAUCUGGGAUACUGCAGGUCAAGAACGAUAUCACAGUUUGGCACCAAUGUACUACCGAGGAGCUCAAGCAGCUAUAGUUGUAUAUGAUAUAACUAAUGAGGAAUCCUUUGCAAGAGCGAAAAAUUGGGUAAAAGAACUUCAGAGGCAAGCAAGUCCUAACAUUGUAAUAGCUUUAGCAGGAAAUAAAGCUGAUCUAGCUAACAAAAGGGCUGUAGAUUUUCAGGAAGCACAGUCUUAUGCAGAUGACAACAGUUUAUUGUUCAUGGAGACAUCUGCUAAAACAUCAAUGAAUGUAAAUGAAAUAUUCAUGGCAAUUGCUAAAAAGUUGCCAAAGAAUGAACCACAGAAUGCAGGGGCCAACUCUGUCAGAGGAAGAGGAGUAGAUCUUACUGAACCAACACAACCAGCUAAGAGUCAAUGCUGUAGUAACUAAACCUUCAGCUGCUUUAAACUGUCUUGAAUAUUUUCUGCUUCCUAACUUGUUAAUAACAGUGGAAUUUGGAGUGUUUAACCUGGCCCAAUACAGCUUCCAAAAUCGAAGAGACUUAUGAAAUAGUCUAAUACAGAAUGAUUUCGUCCUAAUUUUUAAUAACAUGCAUGUAUCACUGGCUGUUUCAGCAAAAGAGGGGGGGAAAGGAAGCUGAAUAGACUUGCUUCAGUUGAAAGGUUUAUAAACUGUGUCACAUGUCAUUAGGGAUAGACCGAACUACUCCAUGGAUCUGCAGCUAACCAGUUAGUUCCUCAGGCUUUGGAUAUCGGUUACUGUUAAAGUGUAAUGAAUAGAACUGGGAUUGUCCAUUUGUGGUAUGGGAAAAAUAACUAACUUAUAACACCUUCUGAAGAUCCUAUAAGCUUAUUCACAGUAUUUAUGCAAAAUGUUGUUUAUGUGGGUAUCUACCAUUUAAAUAUACAUUCCACAUUUUCAUAAUUUAACUGCAAAAUAUGUGCAGCAUUAACAAUGUUAUAGAUCCUGUGCUUGCAGAACAAUUGGUUUUUUAGUUGUUCCGCUAUAUGUAAAUUUGUCAAUCCAGUUUCGAGUGAUAAAAUCAAGUUUAAUUCAGUUGUUUUCUGUUCAUAAAAUGGCACAACCAAUUAAUUCAACUUUUAAUGUAACAAGAAUUUUUCAUGAGUGAUUGAAAACUUUCCAAGUAAAACAAAAUCUAAGAGUCUGAUUCAUGUUUAAUCACUGUUGACCAAAACACAGUUAUGUCCCUCUAAAUGUCAAACCAGUCAGUGCACUAACAAUUAUGUACAUUCAACUUGAUUUUAAAUUGGGAUAUUAAUGUACUGUAAAUAGGGUACUGCAUUGUAGUCUACAUCUGUUUAAUACUCUGUACUAUUUAAGAGUUGCUUAAAAGUAUACAAUAUGUACAGUUACGUAAAAGAGCUAACAUUUCUUUCCCCAGGACUUGAGAGGAUUCAGUUCUUCCUUAAUGGGCAGAACAGUAAUAAAUGAUGCUCCUGUACCUGUAACAUAAGUACUACUGUCUGUCUGUAAUGAACUCUGCAACUUUGUUUUCCAAAGUCCAUUUUAUUUUGAUCUGUCCAGUAUAUUGCACUAAUUCUUUAGUUAUUUUCAUUAUAUGAAAUCUACCAAGUGUCAGAAAAGAUGAUUUAAUCUAUUUAAAUGUUGAACUGCUAGCAGAAACUUACAUGUGCAGAUUGUAAAUUUGCAGUAAUUUGGGCUUAGCAAGGAAAAUGACAGUUCACCAGUGUUUAGUUUUAUAUUGAGGUGCUCAGGUUUGAAUAAAGUGGUAUAAAACAGGAAA